GCAACCACACACACACACACAAUCACAAACACACACUGCUUUGGUGCACAGAGGAAACUCAGGACCUGCACAGUCGUCAGCUCUUCACAUCUGUCUUCGUGCUCUCCCCAGGCUCAGGCCGCUCUGAGCUCUGCCGUCGGACUGACGAUGCCUCAGCAUACCCAGCAUUCCCUUAUCCAUGUCCUCCUGUUGUGGAUCACCGUCCUUUCCAUUGUCCAGGUUGUGUUCAUCACCCUGUUCUUCACAGCCGGACAUCACAGCCCGGUUCAGAACAGUAGUACUGUAGCACCAGCGCGCCCAAUGCAAUUCCAGGCCAACAAUACAAUUUCGUCCCCCUCCAAGCAUAGGCUUCUCUUGGGCAAUGUCGAAAUGCUCACCUUUAAGGCUGCUGAAGUCAACAGGAAAAUAACAUGGGUAACAAGGAAUGAAGAUCAAAGCCUGGUUUCAAAAGAAAACGGAGGAACCGUUCUGAAAAUAAAGGAGGAUGGAUAUUUCUUCCUAAAUCUUCAGGUGACACUGUCUACAUGUAAUCAAACAUGGGGAUCAAAGUACACAGUCAUUCUGAAGUCCAAAGACAAAGUCAUCCUGCAGGGAUGGACUAACAGGAACACCUGCAGCACAGGCCUCCUCGGCAAAGUAGAAGAGCUUUAUGACGGUGACACGCUGGAGGUCAUCGUCAAUCGGCCAACCACUGAUGAAAUCAUUGAUGAUACAGAAUCUCUUACCCACCUGGAUAUCAUUUUCUUGAAAAGGCCUAAGAUGCAGCUCUGAUACAAUACAUAUCUAUAGUCUAAAAUCCUUGCCAUGUUCCAGGGCGUCUUCCCAGCUCUGGGAUCUGCUCAGGUGCAAAGAUGGUAGAAUGUACUUAUUGUUCUCUUGUUACCAAACACACAUCUGUGAUUGCCUCUGGAUGAUCAAAUCAGCAAAUCAGUGUGUUGACUGAGUCACAGAGAAUGCAUGACAGGGCUGGAUUCAACAUUGAAGGCCACCUCACACCCUUUAGAUUCUGGUCUACUAAAAAAAAAAGAAAAAUCCACCCUAAAACAUCAUUUAAAAUUGAUUCAAUGUCUAAUUAUGUUUGGCAAGUAAAGUAAAUAUAUAGCAGCAUGAGGAUUGGUCUGUGGUUGAUGUCAUCACUACAAAUCCGCUCCACUGCUAAGUGCAAGUAAAGACCUGUUCAAAGUCACACUCAGCUUUUGUAAGUAAAUAGAUUAGAAAAGCAAAAUUCUCAUUGCUUCUCAAAUAACUGUGACCAAGGAGGACAUUUUAGUCAGUGAAGCAGGUGUUCAGAGUGAACCCACCCCCUCCCCCGCCUUGUUGGAGUUUCUUAUCUUUGAAAUGUGUAGUAGUUGAAUGUAUUAUUCUGAAGUGCCACAUCUACUAGGCAGAACUGUGUUAUUUUGCACCACAGCUUCUAUUUGCGACUUGCUGAUUUAUUUCUUGAUAUCUUUUGAACUGUAUGAACUAUAUAUUUAUCUUCUAUUUAUUUAUUGUUUGGACCUAAAAUAUAUACCGUACACAUGCUAUAUUUAACAAAGUUCCAUGCUGGUCAGCGAAUAACCAAUGAAUGUAUGUCACUGUGUGGCACCGUAUGUCAUUAUGUGACAUAUAUUGU